AUGGAAGAAACACCAGAGCUUGGCAGUGCUGAUAUGGCCUCCCAACAGUCCAGAUCUCAGCCUCGUAAAAAAUUUACACCUGCGCUUGAAGGCCGAUCCAAUCAAGUUUACACCCAAGCUUCUCAACAACCCUCAUUCCUGCCUACUCGGCAUGGCAUCAAAUUUACCAUGACGGCAAAGUAUCGGCACCUUAACUUUGCUUUGGGUUCGUCCCUCAUGUCCAGUUCUGUUUACCAGAGUGUGGGAAGCAGUAAGAUACAGGAGAUCGUACUGGUUAAUCCAUCUGCAUUACUUCACGUCCAGGUGCUCAACGAAUUUAAAAAAACUCUACGCAUCCAGGGAGUUUGUAAAAACAACCCGACUCAUCGGAAGCUACUUAACACAAAGACAAGAACUCAAGGCAAGCAGUUCACUAGUUCACAAUCCAGAGCACCCAAAAGACUACUCCGGUUCAAACAUUGGAGCUUUUCCAUCUCAAACAAUAAAGCCCAAGACAGAAUCCCUUUUGGUUUCUUCUCCCCUGCAGUAAAUGCAGGUAGAAACGCGCAAGGCACAGAUCAGAUUUCAGACCAUAGCACAUUGAGCGAACUCAAUAGCCAUACCAGCCAAAGAGCGCAAUGCUUCCAAUAA